CAUUUAUGAUCAUAGUGGAUGAUCCCCAUGGAUUGCUGUUGGGGAUGCAAGCAUGGUACAAAAUUUCCCUCUUUGUAUAGUAAUUUUGAUUUACUUGUAAAAUGGAGAACUGAUCCACUACGCCACUAUAAAAAUUCAAUCUAACACAAUCAACAACUAUUACAAACGAAUCAUUUUCUUCUCCUUCUUCUUCUUGUAGAAAGCAAACCCUUUUCAUCCAUGGCGUCAAGGAAGCUCCUUUUCGGGUCAAAACCAAGCUAUAUAUACCCAGCCGACGAUGGAAAUGAUGUCAUCAUCAACCAAAACGACGUUUUCGAGUUCGAUGAAGCAGAUGUAUGGAAUAACAAUAAUUCCAAUGAACCCACAACGAAUAUCCAGGAAGGGAAGAAGCCAUUGCCGAGUUUAAGAGCUUGGUCUAAGAAACUUUCGAGAAAGGUGGAAAGUCAUAAGACACCCAAAAUGGCUGUCCCAGCUUCAUUGCCAAUCAACACCCCCGACUGGUCCAAGAUUCUUAAAGCCGAGGACAGGGAACAUGGUUGUGAGGAUGAUGAAGACGGCGGCGACGGGGACGGAAGGGUCCCUCCACAUGAGUACUUGGCGAGGAGAAGAGGGGCUUCGUUUUCAGUUCAGGAAGGAAUUGGAAGGACUUUGAAAGGAAGAGACUUGCGUUGCGUGAGGAAUGCUGUGUGGAAAAAAACAGGGUUUGAAGAUUAAACCAAAAAGAAUACCAGGUUGAUUUCUUUUGAAUUUUCUUGUUUAUUUUGAGGGGAGCUUUUAUUAGUUAGAAAAUGAAUUCAGCAUGAAAUUUGUUACUUUUUCUAUUCCUACUUCUGAUAUAUAAUUAAUUUUAAAUACCAAGAA